CGCUUAGGCUUGGCAGUCUGGCAUCAGUGUCGUGCCUUGUGAAAGCAUCACUGGCUAUGGCGCAUGUAGAUGGCCGCGACUCGCCUCAGGCAUCGGGAACUCUUCUUACAGCAGAGGAGGAGAUGCAGUACCAGCGCGCCCUAUGGGUGAACCGGCUCCUGAAGGAGCAGUUGGCCACCCAGACGCAGGGCCUGUCACUGAAGGAGAUCGAGGAGGCGCAGGGUCAGAUCCAAGCGAGGAUGCGCCAGGCUGCGCGCUUGCAGGCAUGGUCCUCCCAACAUGGACCAGAACCAGUGAGUGCCAGGAGCUAUGCGCGGUCGCCGCGGCGAAGUCACACACAGCAGGCUCGCGCCCAGCACAUGUCCUCCUGUGAAGUGAAUCGAAGGAAGCAGCAGCACCGCAUCAAGGAGGAGAACCUGGGAAUCCUGCAGCGUUUGGAGAACGUGAAGAGCAGCUUCACCCCCCGAAUGCCUUCCAGCCUCAUUCCAAAGAUCUCAGCACGCAACAGGCUUCUGAAUGGGCAUUGACCGCAAGCGCGUGCUCGAUGCGGUUUCUGCCUCUCACCUCCACUUAGGCUCGCUUGUACUUGCUCCAAAACGGAGCUGGAAAAAAUGCACGCAAACAGAGGCAUUUGAAGCACAGUGGGGUUGAAUCUUGUCCGCUGUUUGCAGAGAGCAAGC